UGUCUCCCUUUGUAGAGCCUUCCAAGCUAGUCGUCAGUCGUCACUUCACUUCGCUGGUCACUCUCGCUCCAUCCGUAGAUGCGCUCUGCGUCUUCUUCCCUCUGGAACACACUCCCACACAGACACAGAGCUUGAGCUCGAAGGCCAUGGAGAAACGAAGACGCAGGCACUUGCUGCUUGCUGCUGCAGCCGUGGUGCUGGUGGCAGUGGCAGCAAUACCGCUGCCGUCCGCGGAGGCGAAGCUGUCCCCAGACUACUACCGGUCGACGUGCCCGGACGUCGAGGCGAUCGUGCGGGCAGUGGUGGCGAAGAAGGUCAAUGAGACCUUCGUCACGGUCCCGGCCACGCUCAGGCUCUUCUUCCACGACUGCUUCGUCGAGGGCUGUGAUGCGUCGGUCAUGAUCGCGUCCCGCGACAACGACGCCGAGAAGGACGCGCCCGACAACGUGUCCCUCGCCGGCGACGGCUUCGACACCGUGGUGCGCGCCAAGGCCGAGGUCGAGAAGAAGUGCCCCGGCGUGGUCUCCUGCGCCGACAUCCUCGCCAUCGCCGCCAGGGACGUCGUCGCCAUGUCGUCCGGCCCCCACUGGACCGUCCAGCUUGGGCGGCUUGACGGGCUCGUCUCCAAGGCCGGCAACGUCGCGGGCAAGUUGCCGGGACCCAACAUGCGCGUCAAGGACCUCGCCGCCAUGUUCGCCAAGCACAACCUCACGACGCUGGACAUGGUCGCGCUCUCGGGCGCGCACACCGUCGGGUUCGCGCACUGCACCCGCUUCACGGACCGCCUCUACCGCCACGGCGGCGGCGGCAAUGGCGCGUCGGUGGACCCGUCGUACAACCCUGCGUACGCGCGGCAGCUCAUGGGCGCCUGCCCGCCGGACGUCGGCGCGGACAUCGCCGUCGAUAUGGACCCGAUCACACCGACCGCCUUCGAUAACGCCUACUACGCCAACCUCGCCGGCGGCCUGGGCCUGUUCGCCUCCGACCAGGCGCUGUACAGCGACGGCGCGUCGCGGCCGGCGGUGAGGGGCUUCGCUGGGAACCAGACGCGCUUCUUCGAGGCGUUCAAGGACGCCAUGGUGAAGCUGGGCAGUGUUGGGGUGAAGACCACCGGCAGGCACGGGGAGAUCAGAAGAGACUGCACCGCAUUCAACGAGUAGAUCGAGGAUGCUGCAAACUUGUGCAAAGAUUAUUUUUCAUAUUUUGACCCAUUUCUUUUGCAAAAAAAAAAACACACUGCCGCAUACGUAAGGUCGUAAGCAAACUUGCCCACGUUCACGUGACAGCACACAACGCUACCCUUAGGAAUGUGUACAAGAGAUUGGGGCAGCAAA